AUGCGCCCUGUCAACUCAAGAUUCUUUCUGAAAGCAGGGUGGCGGCUUUAUUCCAAGUCAAUCGAUAAGAGUGCCUCUUUCUCACUCGCAAAUUUGAGGAUUGGAUAUGCAUCGGACGUUAAAUAUCAUCCCAACUCAGACAAAAUGUACAUUUCGAGAAUCCAGGUGUCUGAGGGUACCCCGGAUGAUCCAGAACUAAUUGUGAGGCAGGUAUGUAGCGGGUUAAGGGAAUAUGUGCCGCUUGACGAGUUGAAGGGACGACUCCUCGUAAUCGUGGAUAAUAUGAAGAAGUGUAAGCUAAGAGGUGAAUUUAGUGAAGCUAUGGUCCUGUGUGGUGAUGAUUCAGCCCAGAACAUCGUAGAACCUUGUAGUCCUGUUCGUUCUUCGCGUUCUCUGAUUGGGAAACACGUGGUCUUGAAGGGUAGAACUAACGAACCGACAACAAGAAGGAUUAAAGCUAGUGAAUGGCAGGAGCUGGGAUCUCGGCUGUCUGUUGAUGCCCAAAACAGAGCCGUCUUCAAGGAUCCUGAAACCGGUCAACAAGUUCCAUUGUGUGUGUAUGAUGGUGAUGAAGAGGUGGAUAUAAAGGUGGGCAAAGUAACUGCAGGAACACCUGUUAGGUGA